AUAAAGUUCUAUCAAACCGAUAUCGGGAUGUCGGCAUAUAUCACCAUAGGAGUGAACGGAAAAGAGCUCUGGAACUCUUUGAACUUUACGGAGAGUCUUCGUUUUUCUCCAAUAUUCCAGUUGGCCCUCCGAACAAGUGAAGCAGAGGUGGACCUCUUACAAGAUCGCUACAAGGAGGCAGCCGAAAUGUUCACUCGUACAUCAAAGGCUGGAGAGGCGUUUGCUGAUGCUCUGAAUGGUCUGAGUCGUUGUUUGAACAACCUUGUAACUCCAAGUCCCAAUCUCCCUAUCAGUAUUGAUCGUGAGGCGGAAAUUCAACGCAUAAUUCGAUCCAUCUACACUUUUUCCAAUCUCGUUUCCGACUUUUCUUCCCGUCUCGCGCAACCUAGCAACGUGCUGUUCCAGGCGGGAGUUAAGCUCGAUGAGCUACACCAAGCACGCAAAGAAUUUCAACGCGCUAGCGAACAGGUUGAUGUGGCUGUAAACAAAUCUGCUGGUGUUUCGCGUAGCCGUACAUCGGAUGCCGAGGAAGUGGACACCACACUUUUGGAUGCACGUGGUGCUUAUGCACGAGUCUCCGAGAGCUACCUUUCGCUUCUCCGAAAUGUUCUCUGCCCUAUUCGAUUAUCCACCGUCCUCCGAGCCACUCUUUGUACCUUUGAGAUCCAGCAAAACUAUUCCGCUGGCGUGGCUGCACUUACUCAACCCGACGACUGUGUCUCAUCGCUGAGGAAAUCAGUCUCUAUUUAUGACGCCGAGGUUUCUAAUACGCCUAAAUUCAUUUCAAACGGUGUUUCCACAAUGCCUUCGUUGGAUCAGAGCGUUCGCUUUGAGGGAUACCUUUUCAAGCGUAGCAAGAAAAAAAGAUGGAAAACAUGGAUUCGACGGUGGUUUAGGGUAAAAGACAAUCAAUUGAUUUACUUCUCCUCCCUGUCGGAUACUUACACAAGCAUCACUUGGAAGGUUCUGGAGCCCGAUUUGCGACUAUGCACCGCAAAACCAAUCGCUUCAAAUUGUGGUAGUGUAGAACCCUCACUUAUAUCUUCGUCUGCCGCCAACAUCACAGAGCGUCGCUUUGUGUUUGAGUUAAUCUCGCCCACAGGAAAGAUACACUUCCUGCAAGCAGAGUCUUCUGAUGCUAUGGAGAAAUGGGUGACGGUGCUUCGUACUGGCCUUUUAAAUUCUGCCGCCAAUGGAGAGGCACGAGCAUCCAAUCUGCUGACAACCUCAUCGUUGACUGGUUCGAGGGAAAGUUUGCGAAGCCUCAGUGGUGCUCUACUGCUUGACGAGCCGGCGACAGCCGGUAAUCGCUCCUGUGCUGAUUGUCUAACCAGUAAUGAUGUCAAAUGGGCGUCUACAAAUUUAGGCGUUACGCUGUGUACGGACUGCGCUGCCUGUCAUCGAAGUCUUGGAGUUCACAUAUCUAAGGUGCGUUCGCUGACACUGGACAAUUGGGAGCCGGAGCUGUUGGAAGUGAUGCGUAAUCUUGGUAACAAUUUAGUAUCCAGUGUUUAUGAGUCCAAUUUGCCUCCGUCUUCGGCAUCCGAAACGUGUUCGCUACCACGUCGGCCUCAGGAGGGCGAGCUGAAUGCGCAAUUGCGACGCGCGUGGGUGGAGGCGAAGUGGGUGCGACGUUUAUUCGUACGCUCCUUUGUGCAGCCCAGCGUCACAAUGUGGCUCCUUGAUCUCUACCGCAGCUGGCUUCUACAGGCGCACUCCCGUAGAACCUCCCGUCCUCGUCACUCGCCGCCGGGGUCUAAGGCUUCGGCCAUUACUACUCCUAGUACCUUGUCUGCCACAGUCUUCGGCCCUGUCGCUUUUGGUCCAAGGAUUACGCGAUCCCACCAUCCCCGCCUCGUUGACCGACGGCGCUUCUCCACCGUUGUUCGAGGCUGCACUGCUCGCGCUCAAGUCACUCUUGCUUUGAGGCCUGAAAUUGCUCCGUGUUUCUUGUUAAUAACAAUCGCAAUCGCAGACACUCUGUGCGCACAUCUGGACUCGAUAGUGUUUGGGGAACCGCGCUCCUUGCCGUUAUCGCCGUCGGAGAGCAUGCGCGAGAAGGCGGCAGCACGCCUUGUUCUGGUGGCAGGCGCGCGUCUCGGUUGCGCUCCACUCAUCCUCGCUGGUCUAGCUCGUGGUGCCUCACCCAACGCCCUGCCUUUGGCAGCUGAAUGGGCUCGCAUUUACCGACUGCCCCAACCUGCCGAUGGUGAUCCCCUCGGCGUCCUCACUCCACCCCUCAUCUCCGCUGUCACUGGUGGACGCAUAGCCGCUUGUGAACUCCUCCUUACCAACGGGGCUGAUAUAAACGCUCUGGAUCAGGACGGCAGAACAGCAUUGCACCACGCCUGUAGCUUGCAACGGGUACAUCUAGUGUGUCUGUUGCUGCGUCGGCAGGCCAAUCAGGAAAUCAGAGACAAAGAUGGUCGUCGACCUAUUGAUGUCGCUAUUGACACCGCUCAUGCCGACAUUGUCACUCUCCUACGGCUGCAACCCCUCCAUAGUGACUCCAAGAUCAUGGACUCGACAUUCUCCGUUGGUGGAAAGGAUGACACGGCUAUCGAGGUGUUCCGUGAUUUCACUACACGUGCCUACCAUCUGGAGUGGGACAGUUACUAUCGGAUAUCGCGCAAUUAUAGGUGGUCCCUGGGUCAGAUGUUUGAUGAAUACAAAUACAACCUGACAAUCAUUGUUGAGGAUGAUAUAGAUGUAGCGCCCGACUUUUUCGACUAUUUCAGUGCACUUGCACCCCUCCUCAUGGAAGACAAGUCCCUCUUCUGCAUUUCAGCUUGGAAUGAUAAUGGCAUACCGACGCUUAUCGACAAGUCACGGAACGACCUCCUUUAUAGGUAUGCGAAUAUGUUUUCUCUCCAUGAUAUUCCUUCAUUAUCAAAUAGGUUUCAAUCUCAAAUUCCACUAUCUACCUUCACUAUGUCGUCCUACUUCUCUGAGUUAAUCAGGAGUGACUUUUUUCCUGGCCUGGGUUGGAUGCUCACACGGCAGCUGUGGGACGAGGAAUUGCGAGAAGCGUGGCCUCUAGCUUACUGGGACGAAUUCAUGCGCAAGAAAGCAGUGCGCCGCGGCCGAUCGUGUAUUAGACCUGAGAUCUCGCGCUCCCACACUUUUGGUCGGAAGGGCGUCUCCAACGGUCAAUUCUUUGAUUCCUACCUGCGUUUCAACUAUCUAAAUGACAAACCCUUUGUUUUUAACACAUCUCUCCUGCGUAUAACACUUAAACCUACUGUUUAUGAUGCUCGAUUCCUUACUGAGGUCUAUGACAACACAUUGCUGUUGAAUGAUAGCUCUCAGCUUUCUCACCUGGCUCAAGCUUCGUCACAGGACACUGCGUGUCGAUUGGAGUACAAAACGCAAGCGGGCUUUGUUGCUGCUGCUCGAUUACUGGGGGCAAUGGAGGAUUUCAAAGAGGGUGUUGCAAGAACCGCAUAUAUGGGAAUAGUCUCAGUAUUCUUCCGUGGCAGACGUAUCUACUUGGCACCGGGGGGCUCUCGAGGGUGGGGCAACGACGAAUAUCCCAAUUGGAUAUGA